AUGAUCACAAUACUAACGCUGUUUCGAGCAGCAUACUCGCUGAUCCACCUGACGCUGGUGAUGAUCACAAUCCCACUGUCGUUUGACAUUGGGGGGCGGUUUUGCGGCCUGGCCUUCUCCUUCACGCUGGUGGUAUCGUAUUUCAUUUUGUCCACCUUCCGCAUACUUAGUGGCCGUACCAAGCUGAGACAUGUCGCGCAGAUUCUCUACUAUCUGCAUACCAUUCUCAUUCCGGCGCUGCUCAUCUUCUACCUGAGUCUCAAUACCGCCAACAACAAUGAGCCUGUGGCGCUGCAGCGGCUGGUCAUGCCCUGGGAUGCGCUCAUGCAGAGCUCCGCGCCCUUCUUCAACAUUCUCGAGGGCUUCUGCACGUUGCUGUUCAUUCAGACCAUUGGCCAGGUGUCCAAGUGGCUCGUGCACCGCAAGAGCGAUUCGUGGGAAAUUGUCCUGCUCAUUUCCGCGGGCUGCGUCAUUUCCGCCACCGCAUACAAUCUCUACCGCAUCUACAUUGCCACGGACUCGGUGGAUCUAAGCACCGGCACUCUUGCCGGCAUGGUGCUGACGCUGGGCUUCUGCCUCAGCAGCUACGGUGUCAUUUCGCGCAAGGGCUCUUCGCUGGAGUCGUCGCUCAUCCUCGCAUACACCGUCUAUUGUCUGUACUUCAUAUUCCGCAAGUCUAGCACCAGCGAGCCACCCGUGACAAUCGAGUACAGCUCCAAGCAGCAGUACCCACCGCUACCUCCACUCAUCAUGGACUCGUACUCGGCGCUUGCCAAGUCGUUUGCCGCCAUUGUGCCGUCAUCGUUCACAGCCGUGUUCGACUUCUUUUACGGCGCUAUCAGCACCAUUACGCCCCACGUGUUUGUGUCGCUCUCGUUCCGCAUUGGCGUCUUCUACGCUGCCACGCGGAUCAUUCCCGGCAUCCACUACGCCGGCGGCUUCACCUUUAGAUACAGACGGUCGUACCGUCGGGUGUUCAUUCUCUAUGCAUACGCUCCGUGUGUCAUCAUUGCGGUGUACACACACUUGAUCAUGCAGAACUUUGACAUUCUGCACGUGCCUCAGAACAGCGGAAUGUGGGACUGGAGUGCACAGGGCAGCCAGCUUUGGGCCUGGGUUGGCGUGCUGGCGUUUCUGGCUCUGUAUGCGGUAGAGUUAUCCAGUGGGGGAAAUAUGCAGAACGAGUUUAUCCGAGAUCAUUGGAAGGAGGAGUAG